GUACAAUCUGUCCGUUCCUGCGAUACCUCAGCUCCAGUAGCGAGAGGGGCGAACCGCGACGGAGAUGUCAGGAAGCCCACUACUAAGGAGGGCGCAGGUGUACACUGCACCGUGGUUAGGAGGUGCCACGGGGAUGCAAGGCGCCGGGGGCGAACUGAGCACGACGCUGGCGGGAAAGAUCAGCGUCGUGGCGGUCAAGGGCGGUGGUGUAAGGGCACCGCGAGGAGGUAUGACCGUCCUGGCGGCAUCGCGAACACCCACGCCGACCCAAAAUAGUCGCGCGCUCCUCCGCAGAAAGGACACCGCGAGGAGGGACAAAGCCCUGAGGGAGGUCCUUCUUAGGGACCUCGGGGGGCGACGUGCCAGCUUGACCGGAGCGGCUGCAUGCCCGGGAGAGGGCGGAGAGGAUGAGUUGGAGGCGUUCGGCCAUAGGGAGGGUAGAGUCCUCCAGGUGGUAGUGGACGGCCUCGCUAAGGUCGAGGUCGUCGUUAUGGUCACCCUCGGGCGACAGCGGGGCAACAGCGUCCUGCUCACCAUACUUGGGCGAGCUGAAGCGGAGCGAGAAGUGGCGGCCCUGCUGCGCGGAACGGCAGGGGCGACCAUGGAAAGGAAAACAGCGCUGGGAAGUGUCGUGAGAGGAGGAGGGGGCGUAACUAGUACGCUGAGGCUGGGAGGAGGAAGUAUGUUGAAGACGGGCCCGCAUCCGCUGAUGGUCCCUAGCGGCCUUGUAAGCCUGCGAGGCCAAUGUGAACUCAUACCGCCAUAACUCGAAGCGGUACUCAAGGGGAAGGUUGGCCAAGAAACGAUCGAUAAGGGCAGCCUCGGGAAGGAACGUCACAUCACAAAUGAGGCGAG